AUGCAACGUGAUAAUGAGCAGAAAAGAAAUUUAACAAACGCGCAAAGGGAGCAAAUAAACGCACAGAGGCGUGCAGAUUAUCAGCGAAAUAAGGACAAGGUAUCUGUUGAUGUCAGAGAAACAGUGAAUGAAAAAGUACGAGAGAAGCGAAUGCAACAUCGCAAAAGCAUGUCAGUGAUUGAGAAGGGGGAGUCAAGUGCUCAGAGGAAGGCCAAUUAUGCCAGAAGAAAAAACACCCCAUGCAACGAAUCCAUCGCGCUCCCACGUCCAGACCUAGCAAACUCAACCUCUGAAUGUCCCACUUUAAUCUGCCGCGCAUCAUCCGUCUCUCGGGUCGCCGAAGAUGAUUCAUCUGAUGGCGACCCUCCGACGAACAAGAUGAAUUACAUUGUUGGUAUCGAAGGGUCCGAUCAUGACAACAUGGAUGAUGACGAGGAAGGGAGCAUGUCGUCUGCUAUACCUAGCGAGGUUGAUCCAUUAGAAUUUGUUUACACAAACAUCCCCGACACCACUCACAUCCUGAAGCUCGACGCAAACUGCAAACACUGCAAGGCCAAAAAGUUUGUCUCUGAGACCGACGGGUUCUGCUGUCACAAUGGCCAGAUCGAACUUAAACAACCGGAGCCAAUCCCAGAGCUGAUGAGGCUAUGGUCAAGCAUGGAUGCAGAUUCUAGACAUUUUCGGGAGAACAUACGGUUCUUCAACGGGCAUUUCGCCUUCACAACCCUUGGCGUCAGCCUUGAUGAGAACUACACAAACAUGAAGUCUGGGGUGUACACAUUCCGUGCGCACGGCUCCAUCUGCCACAAUGUGCAUUCGUUCGGGCCUAGCUCCCGUCCAGAACAUCUGCAGUUGUACUUCUAUGAUGACGACCCAACCAUAACUCAUCGUAAGGUGGCCACCAAGCAAUUAGACCAGGAUGUCGUGAAGAAGUUAGUAGACAUACUCAAAGAAAACCCGUACUCCCAGCAAUUUAGGAGUUUGGGUGCACACAAGGACAACCUCGAUGAUUAUAGGAUAGACCUAAACACCGAUAAGAGGCUUGACCAAAGAAGAUAUAAUAGACCGUUGUCAUCUGAGGUCGCUGCAAUUUGGGUUGAGGGCAACGACCUAGCAAAAAGGGGGGAGCUAGGUUGGCAUCCAAAGCUACUUAAACGUAAUGUAACGGAGGAGGUUGUACUACAUUCUCAACUGGUCCAUGAUGAUGAUGAGGAUGCAGAGGGCAACAGCAGGUUGUGCGUCUCUAUCAGAGACUACUACUGUUACAUGCUGCAGACACGGCCUGGAAUCUUCAAUCCCAUACUCUGUGGAGCACGCCUCUUGCAGCAAUGGGCGGUCAACAUGUACGUCAAGAUUGAAAGUUGUCGGUUGAGGUGGUACAGGAAAAACCAGACGCAGAUUCGUGCCGACUUGUAUAAAGGAGUUGUUGAUGCAAUCACAUCGGGGGAGACGCGAGCAAGCGCUGUUGGGGUAAGAAUAGUGCUCCCUGGAACAUACCCUGGUGGCGACCGCGACAUGAAGAAGAGGCAUAUGGAUGCCAUGGCAAUUGUCCAUACAUACGGGAAGCCUGACAUCUUCUUGACCAUGACUUGCAAUCCUAAAUGGGAGGAGAUAACGAAUGAGUUGCUGCCUGGUCAGACGGCGCAAGACCGACCUGAUAUUGUGGCUCGCGUGUUCUACGGCAAGCUAGAGGCUAUGAAGGACAUGUUGUUCAAGAAGCAUAUCCUGGGUGUUGUUGUCGCAUAUGGGAAGGACUCGUACCCAAUUUAUCGGCGUAGAGACGAUGGAAGGCGUGCUAAGGUCCGAGGGAAGAUGUUGGACAACAGAUGGGUUGUGCCUUAUAACCCAUACCUGCUGCGGAUGUUCAAUUGCCACAUCAACGUUGAGGUCUGCUCCAGCAUAAAGGCCGUCAAAUAUCUUUACAAGUACAUUUACAAGGGCCAUGAUAAGGCUUCUUUCAACAUCGACCAUCCCGACGCCGGUGGUAACAUUGAUGAGAUCAAGAGAUACGUUGAUGCAAGGUGGAUCGCCCCUCCGGAGGCUAUGUGGAGGAUAUUUGGCUUUCCACUUUGCGCCAAUUACCCACCUGUCUUGCAGUUGCCUCUUCAUCUCCCGAAUAUGCACAGGGUCGCAUUCAAUGCGCAGGCUGACUUGAAGAAUGUUGUCGCCUCCGAAAAUAAUUCAAAAUCCAUGUUAACGGAGUAUUUCAAGGCUAACCAGGAACACCCUCGGGCUAGGCAUAUAUUGUACAAGGAUUUUCCCGGAAGCUUCACGUGGCAGAAGAAAAAGAAGUUUUGGAAGCCGCGGGUCGAGCGUUUUCAAAUAGGUCGCAUCGUGUCUGCCAAUCCUGCCGAGGGUGACCGAUACUACCUGCGUGUGUUGCUAAACCAUGUUACGGGCAAAACAUCCUUCGACGACUUGCUCACCGUGGACGGCGUUCUAUGUGGGAGCUUUAGAGAAGCUGCUGAAAGGUUGGGACUCAUCGAGGCAGACAACACGCUCGACAACUGUCUUACUGAGGCUGAGCAGUGGGCGAUGCCAUGUUCUCUUAGGAGGCUCUUCGCAACCAUCUUGGUGCACUGCGAGCCAAGCGACGUGCGUGGUUUAUGGGAUAGGCACCUCGAUCCUAUGUCAGAUGACUAUCGUCGAUCACGCACGUCCCCUAUCGAGGUGGAGCAGAUGGUGUUGCUUGACAUUAGGGGUAUGUUGCAGUCCAUGGGUAAAGACAUUGUUGAUUUCGCUCUUCCAAGCAUAGAUGAUGCGUUUGACCCAACCGAGGGUGAGGCAAGAGAGGUCAUCGAGGAAUCAACUGUUGAGUUUGACGUGGAUGAUACUAAAUUGGCAUCUUCCCUGAACUUGGAGCAGAGGGCCGCAUAUGAAGAGAUACUAGCGGCUGUUGAACGCGGUGAUGGGGGUGUAUUCUUUGUUGAUGGCCCUGGAGGUACAGGGAAGACCUUUCUAUACAGGGUGAUGCUUGCCAAGGUGAGGAGCGAUGGCAAUAUUGGUAUCGCUACCGCGACGUCGGGCGUCGCCGCUUCUAUCAUGCCUGGCGGCAGGACUGCCCACUCGAGGUUCAAGAUCCCAUUGAGUUGCGAUGAUGGAGCCUCGUGCAGCUUCACGAAGCAGAGUGGGACCGCCAAGCUGCUUAGGAUGGCCUCAUUGAUAAUAUGGGAUGAGGCCAGCAUGACGAAACGACAAGCGGUCGAGGCAUUGGACAAUAGCAUGCGCGACAUCAUGGGAAUACGCGACCGACCCUUUGGAGGAAAGACUGUUGUUUUUGGCGGGGACUUUAGGCAGGUGCUUCCGGUCGUCAGAAGGGGGUCGCGGGGCCAGAUAAUUGAUGCAACCCUACGAAGUUCUCAUCUAUGGAAGGGUAUGCGGCAGCUUCGGCUCAUCACCAACAUGAGGGCUCAUAAUGACACGUGGUUUGCAAAUUACUUGCUAAGGGUCGGCAAUGGCACUGAGGAAGUCGACGAUCAAGGCAACAUACUACUCCCUGAAGACAUUUGUCUGCCGUCUACAGGCGAGGUUGACGACCUGGAGAAGCUUAUUCACCACGUGUUUCCGAGUCUAGAUGACAACAUGUCUGAUUCAAAUUACAUGACAUCCCGAGCAAUCCUUUCCAUGACAAACGACAAUGUCGACAAGAUAAACAUCCGCAUGAUAGAGCGUUUUCAGGGAGAUGAAGUAAUAUACCAUAGCUUUGACAGUGCGGAGGACGACCCAUAUGGCUACUACGCUCAGGAGUUUCUGAAUGGAUUGACUCCUAACGGUCUUCCUCCGCAUGCACUCAAGCUAAAGCUGAACUGCCCUGUCAUACUUCUAAGGAACAUUGAUCCAGCAAAUGGAUUGUGUAACGGCACUAGGCUUGUUGUUAGAGGUUUUGAGAGGAACACCAUUGAUGCAGAAAUCGUGAUUGGACAACACGCUGGCAGGAGGGUCUUCCUUCCUCGAAUACCUCUCUGCCCAUCUGAAAACGACAUGUUUCCGUUCAAGUUUAAGAGGAAGCAAUUUCCUAUAAGGCUUAGCUUUGCUAUGACCAUUAACAAGGCUCAAGGGCAGACAGUCCCGAUUGUUGGUGUCUACCUACCCAAUCCCGUGUUCUCUCAUGGUCAACUCUAUGUUGCUUUGUCUCGAGCCACCGCAAAGAGAAACAUAAAGAUACUCAUUCAGAAGGAGAAGCCGAAGGAGAAGUCCAACAAGCAAAAGGACAAUCCAAAGAAGCGAAAAACACCGACCGUGUCAUUACUAACCUCGAUGAAGAACAUCGUCUACAAGGAAGUGUCCUUACAGGCUGAAGUCCGGUCUUAA